CUGCUGCGGGAAUUGGACGCCCCAGGUCAGGCACCCAGGGUCUCCAGCCCCAGUCUAAGGCAUAUACAAACUGAGUUUCAGCCAUGGAAAAACCCCAUGGGCAUGUGUCUGCCCAUCCAGACAUCCUCUCCUUGGAGAACCGGUGCCUGGCUAUGCUCCCUGACUUACAGCCCAUGGAGAAACUACAUCAGCAUAUAUCCGCCCACUCAGAUAUCCUCUCCUUGAAGAACCAGUGCCUAGCCACGCUUCCUGACCUGAAGACCGUAGAAAAACCACAUGGGCAUGUGUCUGCCCACCCAGACAUCCUCUCUUUGGAGAACCGGUGCCUGGCCACGCUUUCUGACCUGAAGACCAUGGAGAAACCACAUGGACAUGUUUCUGCCCACCCAGACAUCCUCUCCUUGGAGAACCGGUGCCUGGCCACCGUCCCUAGUCUAAAGAGCACUGUGUCUGCCAGCCGCUUGUUCCAGAGUCUACAAAUAUCUCACAUGAUGCAAGCUGAUUUGUACUGUGUGAACAACAGCAAUUGCCUGCUCUCUGAGCCUCCAAGUUGGAGGGCUCAGCAUUUCUCUAAGGGACUAGACCUUUCAACCUGCCCUAUAGCCCUGAAAUCUCUCUCUGCCACAGGAACAGUUCAGGAAGCAACUUUGGGUCGUUGGUUUGAUUCAGAGGAGAAGAAAGGGGCUGAGACCCAAAUGCCUUCUUACAGUCUGAGCUUGGGAGAGGAGGAGGAGGAGGUGGAGGAUCUGGCCGUGAAGCUCACCUCUGGAGACUCUGAAUCUCAUCCAGAGCCUACUGACCAGGUCCUUCAGGAAAAGAAGAUGGCUCUAUUGAGCUUGCUGUGCUCUACUCUGGUCUCAGAAGUAAACAUGAAAGAUGCGUUUGACCCCACCCUGGCUGCCAUUUUUGAAAACUGUCGUGAACUUGCGUCCCUGGAGCCUGAGUUUAUCCUCAAGGCAUCUUUGUAUGCCAGGCAGCAGCUGAACGUCCGGAAUGUGGCCAAUAAAAUCUUGGCCAUUGCUGCCUUCUUACCGGCGUGCCGCCCCCACCUGCGACGAUAUUUCUGUGCCAUUGUCCAGCUGCCUUCUGACUGGAUCCAGGUGGCUGAGCUUUACCAGAGCCUGGCUGAGGGAGAUGAGAAUAAGCUGGUGCCCCUGCCCGCCUGUCUCCGUGCUGCUAUGACGGACAAAUUUGCCCAGUUUGACGAGUACCAGCUGGCUAAGUAUAACCCUCGGAAGCACCGGGCCAAGAGACACCCCCGCAGGCCACCCCGCUCUCCAAGGAUGGAGCCUCCAUUUUCUCGCAGACCUUUUCCAAGGUACAUAGUGUUUCUUAGAGAUGAGCAGAAAAAGUUUGAGAAGGCCUAUGAUACAGUGUCAGAGAAAAAGAAUCCUCCAAGGUUCACCCUGAAGAAGCUGGUUCAGCGACUGCACAUCCACGAGCCUGCACAGCACGUUCAAGCCCUGCUGGGUUACAGAUACCCCUCCAACCUACAGCUCUUUUCUCGAAGUCGCCUUCCCGGGCCUUGGGAUUCUAGCAGAGCUGGGAAGAGGAUGAAGCUGUCUAGGCCAGAGACCUGGGAGCGGGAGCUGAGCCUACGGGGGAACAAAGCGUCGGUCUGGGAGGAACUCAUUGGGGCAGAUAAGUCCCUGAGCCCCUGUGUCUGUGUCUUUCUUGCCUGUAGACAGUGGAAAUAUGAUGGUGAGAUGCUGAACAGGUACCGACAGGCCCUGGAGACAGCUGUGAACCUCUCUGUGAAGCACAGCUUGCCCCUGCUGCCAGGCCGCACCAUCUUGGUCUAUCCGACAUAUGCUAAUGCAGACAGGCUUUGUCCAAAGAGCAACCCACAAGGGCCUCCACUGAACUAUGCGCUGCUGUUGAUUGGGAUGAUGAUCACGAGGGCCGAGCAGGUGGAUGUCAUGCUGUGUGGAGGUGACACUCUGAAGACUGCAGUGCUUAAGGCAGAAGAAGGCAUCCUGAAGACUGCCAUCAGACUCCAGGCUCAAGUCCAGGAGUUUGAUGAAAAUGAUGAAUGGUCCCUGAAUGCUUUUGGGAAAUACCUGCUGUCUCUGGCUGGCCAAAGGGUUCCUGUGGACAGGGUCAUCCUCUUUGGCCAAAGCAUGGAUGAAGGAAUGAUAAAUGUGGCCAAACAGCUUUACUGGCAGCAUGUGAAUUCCAAGUGCCUCUUUGUUGGUGUCCUCCUGAGAAGGGUACAAUACCUGUCACCAGAUUUGAAUCCCAAUGAUGUGACACUCUCAGGCUGCACUGAUGGGAUACUGAAGUUCAUCGCAGAGCAUGGGGCCUCCCAUCUUUUGGAACAUGUGGGCCAAAUGGACAAAAUAUUCAAGAUUCCACCACCCCCAGGAAAGACAGGGGUCCAGUCUCUCCGGCCACUGGAAGAGGACACUCCAAGCCCCUUGGCUCCUAUUUCCCAGCAAGGAUGGCGCAGCAUCCGGCUUUUUAUUUCAUCCACUUUCCGAGACAUGCAUGGGGAGCGGGACCUACUGCUGAGGUCUGUGCUGCCAGCACUGCAGGCCCGAGCAGCCCCUCACCGUAUCAGCCUUCACGGAAUCGACCUCCGCUGGGGCGUCACUGAGGAGGAGACCCGUAGGAACAGACAACUGGAAGUGUGCCUUGGGGAGGUGGAGAACGCACAGCUGUUUGUGGGGAUUCUGGGCUCCCGUUAUGGAUACAUUCCCCCCAGCUACAACCUUCCUGACCAUCCACACUUCCACUGGGCCCAGCAGUACCCUUCAGGGCGCUCUGUGACAGAGAUGGAGGUGAUGCAGUUCCUGAACCGGAGCCAACGUCUGCAGCCCUCUGCCCAAGCUCUCAUCUACUUCCGGGAUUCCAGCUUCCUCAGCUCUGUGCCAGAUGCCUGGAAAUCUGACUUUGUUUCUGAGUCUGAAGAGGCCGCAUGUCGGAUCUCAGAACUGAAGAGCUACUUAAGCAGACAGAAAGGGAUUACCUGCCGCAGGUACCCCUGUGAGUGGGGGGGUGUGGCAGCUGGCAGGCCCUAUGUUGGUGGGCUGGAGGAGUUUGGUCAGUUGGUUCUGCAGGAUGUGUGGAAUACGAUCCAGAAGCUCUACCUGCAGCCUGGGGCCCUGCUGGAGCAGCCAGUGUCCAUCCCAGACGAUGACUUGGUCCAGGCCACCUUCCAGCAGCUGCAGAAGCCACCGAGUACUGCCCGGCCACGCCUUCUUCAGGACACAGUGCAGCAGCUGAUGCUGCACCAUGGGAGGCUGAGCCUGGUGACGGGGCAGUCAGGACAGGGCAAGACAGCCUUCCUGGCAUCUCUUGUGUCAGCCCUGCAGGCCCCUGAUGGGGCCAAGGUGGCACCAUUAGUCUUCUUCCACUUUUCCGGGGCUCGUCCUGACCAGGGUCUUGCCCUCACUCUGCUCAGACGCCUCUGUACCUAUCUGCAUGGCCAACUAAAAGAGCCAGGUGCCCUCCCCAACACCUACCGAAGCCUGGUGUGGGAGCUGCACCAGAGACUGCUGCCCAAGUCUGCUGAGUCCCUGCAUCCUGGCCAGACGCUGGUCCUGAUCAUCGAUGGGGCUGAUAGGUUGGUGGACCAGAAUGGGCAGCUGAUUUCAGACUGGAUCCCAAAGAAGCUUCCCCGGUGUGUACACCUGGUGCUGAGUGUGUCUAGGGAUGCAGGCCUAGGGGAGACCCUUGAGCAGAGCCAGGGUGCCCACGUGGUGGCCUUGGGGCCUCUGGAGGCCUCUGCUCGGGCCCGGCUGGUGAGAGAGGAGCUGGCCCUGUAUGGGAAGCGGCUGGAGGAGUCACCGUUUAACAACCAGAUGCGACUGCUGCUGGUGAAGCGAGAAUCAGGCCGGCCGCUCUACCUGCGCUUGGUCACCGAUCAUCUGAGGCUCUUCACGCUGUAUGAGCAGGUGUCUGAGAGACUCCGGACUCUGCCUGCCACUGUCCCCCUGCUGCUGCAGCACAUCCUGAGCACACUGGAACAGGAACACGGGCCUGAUGUCCUUCCCCAGGCGUUGACCACCCUAGAGGUCACACGGAGUGGUUUGACUGUGGACCAGCUGCAUGGAGUGCUGAGUGUGUGGCGGACACUACCCAAGGGGACUAAGAGCUGGGAAGAAGCAGUGGCUGCUGGUAACAGUGGAGACCCCUACCCCAUGGGCCCGUUUGCCUACCUCGUCCAGAGUCUGCGCAGUUUGCUAGGGGAGGGCCCUCUGGAGCGCCCUGGUGCCCGGCUAUGCCUCCCUGAUGGGCCCCUGAGGACAGCAGCUAAACGUCGCUAUGGGAAGAGGCCAGGGCAAGCGGACACGGCACACAUCCUCAUUGCAGCUCAGCUCUGGAAGACAUGUGACGCUGAUGCCUCAGGCACCUUCCGAAGUUGCCCUCCUGAGGCUCUAGUAGACCUGCCUUACCACCUGCUCCAGAGCGGGAACCGUGGACUUCUUUCGAAGUUUCUUACCAACAUCCAUGUGGUGGCUGCAUACUUGGAAUUGGGUCUGGUCUCUCGGCUCUUGGAGACCCAUGCCCUCUAUGCUUCUUCAGUCCCCAAAGAGGAACAAAAGCUCCCUGAGGCUGAUGUUGCGGUGUUUCGCACCUUCCUGAGGCAGCAGGCUUCAAUCCUCAGCCAGUACCCCCAGCUCCUGCCCCAGCAAGCAGCCAACCAGCCCCUGGACUCACCUCUUUGCCAGCAAGCCCCGCUGCUCUCCCAGAGAUGGCACCUCCAACACACACUACGAUGGCUUAAUAAACCCCAGACCAUGAAAAAUCAGCAAAGCUCCAGCCUGUCUCUGGCAGUUUCCUCAUCCCCUACUGCCGUAGCUUUCUCCACCAAUGGGCAAAGAGCAGCUGUUGGCACUGCCAAUGGGACAGUUUACCUGUUGGACCUGAGAACUUGGCAGGAGGAGAAGUCUCUGGUGAGUGGCUGUGAUGGAAUCUCUGCUUGUUUGUUCCUCUCCAAUGACACACUCUUUCUUACUGCCUUCGACGGACUCCUGGAACUCUGGGACCUGCAGCAUGGUUGUCGGGUGCUGCAGACCAAGGCCCACCAGUACCAAAUCACUGGCUGCUGCCUGAGCCCAGACCGCCGGCUGCUAGCCACCGUAUGCUUGGGAGGAUGCCUAAAGCUGUGGGACACAGUCCGUGGGCAGCUGGCCUUCCAGCACACCUACCCCAAGCCCCUGAACUGUGUUGCCUUUCACCCAGAGGGGCAGGUAAUAGCCACAGGCAGCUGGGCUGGCAGCAUCAGCUUCUUCCAGGUGGAUGGGCUCAAAGUCACCAAGGACCUGGGGGCACCUGGAGCCUCUGUCCGUACCUUGGCCUUCAAUGUGCCUGGUGGGGUUGUGGCUGUGGGCCGGCUGGACAGUAUGGUGGAGCUGUGGGCCUGGAGAGAAGGGGCACGGCUGGCUGCCUUCCCUGCCCACCGUGGCUUUGUUGCUGCUGCGCUUUUCCUGCAUGCGGGUUGCCAGUUACUGACGGCUGGAGAGGAUGGCAAGGUUCAGGUAUGGUCAGGGUCUCUGGGUCGGCCCCGUGGGGACCUGGGUUCCCUUCCUCUCUCUCCUGCCCUCUCCGUGGCACUCAGCCCAGAUGGUGAUCGGGUGGCUGUUGGGUAUCGAGCAGAUGGCAUUAGGAUCUACAAAAUCUCUUCAGGUUCCCAGGGGGCUCAGGGUCAGGCACUGGAUGUGGCAGUAUCCGCCCUGGCCUGGCUAAGCCCCAAGGUGUUGGUGAGUGGAGCAGAAGACGGGUCCUUGCAGGGCUGGGCACUCAAGGAAUGCUCCCUUCAGUCCCUCUGGCUCCUGUCCAGAUACCAGAAGCCUGUGCUAGGACUGGCCACUUCCCAGGAGCUCUUGGCUUCUGCCUCAGAGGAUUUCACAGUGCGGCUGUGGCCAAGGCAGCUGCUGACGCUGCCGCACAAGGCAGAAGACUUUCCCGGUGGCACUGAGCUGCGGGGACAUGAGGGCCCUGUGAGCUGCUGUAGUUUCAGCACUGAUGGAGGCAGCCUGGCCACCGGGGGCCGGGAUCGGAGUCUCCUCUGCUGGGAUGUGCGGACACCCAAAGCCCCUAUUUUGAUCCACUCCUUCCCCGCCUGUCACCGUGACUGGGUCACUGGCUGUGCCUGGACCAAAGAUAACCUACUGAUAUCCUGCUCCAGUGAUGGCUCUAUGGGGCUCUGGGACCCAGAGUCGGGACAGCGGCUUGGUCAGUUCCUGGGUCAUCAGAGUGCUGUGAGCGCUGUGGCGGCUGUGGAGGAGCACGUGGUGUCUGUGGGCCGGGAUGGGACCUUGAAAGUGUGGGACCAUCAAGGCGUGGAGCUGACCAGCAUCCCUGCUCACUCAGGACCCAUUAGCCACUGUGCAGCUGCCAUGGAGCCCCGUGCAGCUGGACAGCCUGGGUCAGAGCUUCUGGUGGUGACCAUCGGGCUAGAUGGGGCCACACGGUUAUGGCAUCCACUCUUGGUGUCCCAAACCCACACCUUCCUGGGACACAGUGGCCCAGUCCGUGCUGCUGCUGUUUCAGAAACCUCAGGCCUCCUGCUGACUGCCUCUGAGGAUGGUUCUGUACGGCUCUGGCAGGUUCCUAAGGAAGCAGAUGACACAUGUAUACCAAGGAGUUCUGCAGCCAUCACUGCUAUGGCUUGGGCACCAGAUGGUUCCAUGGCAGUAUCUGGAAAUCAAGCUGGGGAACUAAUCUUGUGGCAGGAAGCCAAGGCUGUGGCCACAGCACAGGCUCCAGGCCACAUUGGUGCUCUGAUCUGGUCCUCGGCACGCACCUUUUUUGUCCUCAGUGCUGAUGAGAAAAUCAGCGAGUGGCAAGUGAAACUGCGGAAGGGUUCAGCACCCGGAAAUUUCAGUCUUCACCUGAACCGAAUUCUACAGGAGGACUUAGGGGUGCUGACAAGUCUGGGUUGGGCUCCUGAUGGUCACUUUCUCAUCUUGGCCAAAGCGGAUUUGAAGUUACUUUGCAUGAAGCCAGGGGACGCUCCUUCUGAAAUCUGGAGCAGCUAUACAGAAAAUCCUAUGAUAUUGUCCACCCACAAGGAGUAUGGCGUAUUUGUCCUGCAGCCCAAGGAUCCUGGAGUUCUUUCUUUCUUGAGGCAAAAGGAAUCAGGAGAGUUUGAAGAGAGGCUGAACUUCGAUAUAAACUUAGAGAAUCCUAGUAGGACCCUAAUAUCGAUAACUCAAGCCAAACCUGAAUCUGAGUCCUCAUUUUUGUGUGCCAGCUCUGAUGGGAUGCUAUGGAACCUGGCCAAAUGCAGCCCAGAAGGAGAAUGGACCACAGGUAACAUCUGGCAGAAAAAAGCAAACAUUCCUGAAACCCAAACUCCAGGGGCAGACCCAUCUACCUGCAGGGAAUCUGACGCCAGCAUGGAUAGUGAGCCAACAUCACAGCUAAAGACACGGCAGCGUAGAAAGAUUCACUCGGGCUCUGUCACAGCCCUUCAUGUGCUACCUGAGUUGCUGGUGACAGCUUCAAAGGACAGAGAUGUUAAGCUAUGGGAGAGACCCAGUAUGCAGCUGCUGGGCCUGUUCCGAUGCGAAGGGUCAGUGAGCUGCCUGGAACCUUGGCUGGGCGCUAAUUCCACCCUGCAGCUUGCCGUGGGAGAUGUGCAGGGCAAUGUGUACUUUCUGAACUGGGAAUGAAGAUGUGGGGAAAAAUGAUACCCCUUGUGCUAGAGAUGCAAAGCCUGAAGACACUGGUAGCUUUUAAUAAUUAUAAAAUUAAUAAUUUCUUAACAAUUAUAAAAAUGAAGUGUCAAAAAA